CUUCCUUGAUUAAAUAUCAUAUAUUAUUGGGUGUAUCUGGCUGGCAAUAUCCUAAAGUUCUCGUUCAACGAUGGCAUCUGGUGCAGACAACUAGCCUAAAUUACCCGUCAAACUAUCCCCGAGACAAGAGAAUACGGUAUCAGAGCACAUAAAACGGUCAUGGAACAAAGGGCGCGCGCACUUGUCGAAAAGGAAAUGGAAUACCAAUAUUCCCUAACGGAAUCUUUGCAAAAAGGCGUCAUCAUAACAUUCGAAACGAGGAGUAGGGCUGUAUAAGCAACACUGUUGCUCAGGCGGAUGAGACGCUUGGUAUAGAAUUUUCAGUGGCUCGGAGAUAUAUUUCAGACAUCAAUAAUAUCCACCGAAAGCCUCAAACCUGACAUCGGAUCAUUUUAGUCUGAUGCGUGACAUGUGUGUCAAGGCGGUUCGCGAAAGUCGCUGGGUUUCAGAUGCAGCUGUAACGUCGCAGCGGCAAACGAGGCUGAGCAACGGUCGCCGAAAGGUUGCAAGAGGGGCGGCAUAUCUCCCGUGAAGCUUAACGUAAAACUUGGUGGGAGAAUUGCGUUGCAAUUUUCUUUAUUUCUUUUCUGAGCGUUGCUGAAGUCACCGACAGUAAAAGUACGAGCAGGACGACGCUUCCACUGCACCAACAUUCACCCAUUACAACAGCACACUCUAUUUUCUUUCAAACCUUGUCUUCUCACCUCCGAGCAUCAACAGUGCUUAGCUCUAUCCAACGUCACUUGAAAAUUACCAUAGUUGAGACAAAAUAACCCACCGUUUGCCAUGGCCUUUGAAGCCAGAGGGGAUCUGAACGAAGAAGAAUGGGAGAUUUACGAUGAGGAUGCACAUCCCUACGGACCGGAUUGGCAGAAGCCUAUGGAGGAUCCAAUCACAGUACCAUGGAAGAUAACAAUCAGCUCAAACGAUUUUAACUUGAUCGAAGCCGGCUUCCACCCUCGGGACUUGGGUGACAGAUGGUACGUCAAAUCCAUGCCUCGCGACAAAGGCUCCCACACCUUGGUCGUACACUUUGCUCGCUUCUGGUCACCGGCGCCCCUCUACACCAUUGCGAUAAAAGAGGAUGGCGAAAAUGCUACUAUUGAGUCGAUUACGUGGGAACAGUUUGAAGGUGAAGACGUUUUGACAGAAGACUGGGCAAAGAGGGAAGUUGUACAUGUAGCAAGAGAGAUGCUUGAGUGUGAUUUGCCUGGGCUGGAGGAGCUUAGUAGGGAUGAAUGGUGGCCGAAGUAUGUUGAGUAUAGAAAUAGCCUUACGAGUUCAAUUCCAUAGACUUCCCGCUACUACAGACAAAAGGAGAAGUAUGCUGCAUUCACACGGAUAAUAGUUUUACGUUAUUUGCUUAAUUUGCAUCAAUUGAACAUUCAGUACUGUAGCGUUUGUCGGAACCGAAGCUAGAUCUGGAGUACACUUUCGGCAGACUGAUGAGCUAGGGCAC